GGACUUUACAUCAACAUUUAGCAUUUUCCGUGUUCUGUUAACUUUAGGCCUAUUAUUAUUAUUAUUGUGUCUAUGUCGCCUAAGCCUAAUAAAUAAUUGGCUACUGACCCACGACUAUCAAUAAUUAAAUAUACUCUUGUAGAUGAAGACUUCAGAAAUUCAGUGAAGGGAAAUUGAAAGCCAGCCUAUUAACUAGUAUGACUAUGUUAGUCUGUAGUCUGUAUACUGUAUAGUAUUGUAUAGUUUACUAUUAUAGUAGUAUAGUAUAGUAAUAGUAUGUAAAUUGUAAAUGUAACUUUCAGAAAAAAAAAAUGUAAAUGUAAAUUAUUUGUCUUGAUUCAGCUUUGCAUCCCGGUCCAGUAUUAAAAAUUAAGUUUUAAUAAAGUAUAAAUGAAAAAUCAUCAAAAAUGUCAUUAAGAGUGCUUACAAAAAAUGUAAUUUAGGCUACAUGGUUUUGAUUCUUAAUAAAUCUUAAGUUGGUAGAGUAGAUUAGAAUGUAAAUUAUUAAUAAACAAAAUUUAAAAUUGAACAAAAGUAAUAAAACUAUGAAUAGCAUUUAUAAAAAUAAGGAUGGGGGCUAUCCAUAAAGUACGUCAGGCUAUUUUUACCCCCCCUCCCCCCUGUUACAAACUGUCACAAAUCUCGGACUCCCCCAGGUACGUCACACUUUCGAACAAAAUUUUAUUUUAAUUAACACCUAUUUAAAAUUUAAUCUAAAACACACUUCACUAUUAAACUGUAUUAAAAUAUAAAAUUUUCACUUAAAAGAACUGGUUACCGGAAAUUUGAUCAAAAGAAAUUUCGUCUACGGUAAUUUGAUCGAACGGAAAUUUGGUCGAAUCUUUUUUUCCGUUCGCACGUUAAAAUUUUCUUCAAAUUUCUUUUUGAACGCACUUUACUAUUUAAGUAAAACAAAUAAUUUGUUCAAAUAGAAAUUUGAUGCAAAAUUGUAACGUAAAAAUUGAAAAGAAGAUUCGACCAAAUUUCCGUUCGAUCAUAUUACCGUGGACGAAAUUUCUUUCGAUCAAAUUUCCGGAUACGAAAAGAACUAUCACAUUAUUAAAAUGACUUUAAUAGUAGAAUAGUUACUAGGGCUCCUAGCAAGAGGUAUCGUGAACAACACAUUCAGGAGAUACACAUUUCAUGCUAUUUUAACCUAAAACUAAUUAAAAUGUUUUACAAAAUGUUUGAAAAUUAUUUUUAAAGCUAGUAAAUUCUACUAAAAAGUAAAAAAAAUUAAUUAGAAAUGAAAUUUAAAAAAAAUAUAUGUUUGACGUCACACAUGGCCUGAACCGGGAAUUUCAAGGUCCACGGCGAAUUUCCCCUCGCGGGUGAAUGAAAUGCAGUCCAGCGGGUCUCCUAGAAAUAUCGAAAGACCCGGCCCCAUGUUGCUAUUCGGAGAGUUGAGAGUUUGGGUUUAUUAAAAAAUAUUUUAAAAUUAUUGUAGGGUUUGUAAGACAAAAUUUGGUAUGAAAUGAAAGAUAAUUGAAUUAACUAUAUGUUUGUAAACUUACUUCUUCAGUUUAACUAAAAUAAACUACCACAAAAUUUCACAAAUGGCAUUUGAAUAGAAUUUAGUCAAAAUGGAACUGGAAACCCAUCGCCGCUAUUCGGACCCGGGUCCCAUUAGACUCAAGCUAUUCGGAUAUCAUUUGUGAAUUUUUCAAAUAUUAAGCAGCUAGACAAUACAAAUUACCAAUAAGUCUGACACAUUCAUUUCCAAAGAAAAUUACUAAUAUUAACAAUACAUUCAUCCAAGAAUUCCACAACAUUUUAAAAUGUUAUGCAGGUGAAUUUUAUUUCAUGGCAGAUGUCAUCUUUCAAAUAAAGAUCAACAGCCUAUUUUUUAAAUUUUAGAUCCUUUCAAUGUUGCCAUCAAAAUUAACUUGAACUCAAUGAACCAAAAAUAAAGAUACAUGUUUGCAGCUUUAAAUUAAAAAUUUUCUUAUGUAGGGCUUACUCCUUGAUAUUAAGGGUGUGAGGAUCACUGAUAUUGUCAUUUAUCAUUUUGAAUUUAUAAGUUGCAACACAACAACAUAUAUGAGCUAUUUAUCUUUAACAUUUAAUAGUUUAUGUUUAUUUUUCACUCCAAAAAUGGUAGUUUAUUGAAUCUAUAUAAUAUAGAAAAAAAAAAGAAGCUAACAUUUAAUAGUUAUUUAAACAAGAAAAUGCUUUUCUAAAGGGUAUUUGCUGCUUUUAUUUAUUAAUAUAUAAUCUUAUCAACAAAUCCUGUAAAUAGGACAUUUUUCUAUUGAGAAAUAUGCAAGAAAUAUGGGCAAAACCACGAGUUAAAAAAUUGGUCACAAAAUGUGGAGUAAAACUCAAUGGUAAAAAAAAAAAAUUACUUUAGGUCUGCACUAAAACAUUUCUAACUUUGAACCACAUGAACUAGAAAGUUGAUCUUGGUGGAUUUUUUUUUAAAAUCCAUUUAAUGGGCUCUAUUUAACUGUAUUGCAUUUAUAUCAUUAUUAAUAUAUUAAAAUGUUUACCAAAGUACGUUCUAUCAUAAUAGCUCUCUAGAUUAAUAUUAUUAAUUAUGAUUCAGAUUAGGUGGUGAUGAUAAUAUUCAUAUUUUAUUUUUAGCACCAUGUCACUAAUGUCAUGCAUGACUGAGUCAUGAUGGAGAACACAAACAACAUUCUUGUGCUCUUCACUUUUAGUGUUACUACAGCAAACUGUAACUUCACUACACUGUCACAGUAUUUAAACACCAUAAAGUAAAUUAUACUUGUCUUAGGCCUAAGUUAAUUAUUAAAAUAGGUCUAUAUAGACUCUCUAGAUUAACCAAUUACUUAUUGACUACUGACUACUGGGUACUCAUAUUAUUUGAACUAAAAAACUACAUGUAACUAAUAGAAAAAGAAAAAUAAUCAUUAGGUUAGGCUGCAAAUAAUGAAAUAUCAGUCUAUUUUAGCUAAUUAACUAUAAUAGUUUAAUACAGAGCCCAUAGGCCUACAAUUAUUACAAUAUAUAUAAUUAUAGUAGGACCUAUAAGUGUAGGUAGUAUACUAUACAGUAUAGUCAGCCAUUAUAAAGGCCUGUAAUGGGUGUCAACAAAAUGUUUUUGUCAGUCUAUAACUUUAAGUGUGUGAAUGCAAACAGGAUUCAGUAUUUGACCCAUCUGUUAGCCUGAAGCCUGAUCAGGCUCUACUGCUUGUGACAAUCAAGUAAGUUUUUUUAGGCCUAAAUAAAAAAGUUUCUUUUCAAAUUCCCAUUUUGUGAAUGUAUCUAGGGUAACUUGUAAGAUUAAAAAAAAAAAAUUAAGCAAAUAAGUUUAAAAAAUACAACCUCUGGCAUAAAUAGGUUUAAUAACAUUUUCCAAAAUGUUCAAUUAUGUACUGGUUUAUCCAUAGCUCCAACAGUAAAGAAACACCUACUUUUGAUUUUAUAAAAGUUUUAUAUAGCUGACAUCAACAAUAAUUACACUGAAUAAUGGAAAGUGAUAUUUCUUUCCUUAUUUUUUUAGACUAUUAUAUUUGUUUUGAAUAAUGAUGGAAUCAUGAAGAAAAUGGCUUGAAUAAAAUUAUGUUUAAAGCCUGGCACAUUUAUUUUCAGAAAUCUGUUUGCUUUCUAAUACCAAUUGGGUAGUUGAAUUUUGAUCAAAUGGAGCCAACAGAUUCUAAAAAGCAAACGGAGGAUCAUAUUUUAAUGAAGGAGGAACAAGAACAGGUAAAGCAGUCUUUUCUAAAACUAUAAUUUUGUAUUCCGUACCUUUACUUUUAAACAUUAAUUUAAUGUUAUCGUAAAAAAGAGAAGCUCCAUUAAAAUUACUUGAAAAAAGUGUUACUUAUCAUUUGUAUUUUUCUUGAAUAAACUAAUCAAAAUAACUGUCAAAUAUGUUAAUGUCCUUGGUUACUUGAGCAUUCAUUCAAUACACCAUUCUAACUCCUUACAUGCAAUGUCUAAAUUCUGACAAUUAAAAAAAAGGGAAACCACUUAACACAUUUUGACUAACCCUACACACUUUGAACAUAUGUAAUUAUUGUGCAGAAUAUCUCAUUUUAAAGUUAUAUGAUGACACUUUUAUGUCCUUGGCUUUCCUUGUAGAUUUUACUUGAGCCUUAUAAGUACAUCUGUCAGAUCAAAGGAAAACAGAUACGAACUAAACUUUCAAAAGUAAGUAUCGGUAUGUUACUUGUGAGUGCCACUUUACCACCUUGAGUGAAAUACAAAACACCGGCUAGUUCAAUCUUUUUCUCUGUCUUUUACAAUUUCUCUACCUUGGCCAUACUAAUGCAUAAUGUAUGCUAAAUACGAGGAAAUGCAACAUUUUAUUCAAAUCAUUGACAUUGAAAAUUUAGAUUACUAACUUCUAAAAAAAAAAUAAUUUCACAUUGAAUAUGAAUCAAAUGAAUCAAUUUGCCUGCUUCAGGCUGAUAUGACAUUAAAGUACAUUUUAAAACAAAGUUGCAUGAACAAAACUUUGAGGCAGGAACAGACUUGUUUACCCCUAACUUUUGGCCAUAGUAACUUCGUUUUUAAGACUACGGCACUACGACGAACUUAAAAAAAAAACUAGUUUACGGAGUGUUUUUGUUUGUUUGGUUUACUUUCAAUUUAAUAAAUAAAUAAUUGGAAUUGGGGAGUACUCAAAAAGUAUGCAUGCAACAGGGUGGGGUUGGGUGUGUAAAAAUGUGACUUUUUUCAUACAUAAGUAUUUUAUUAAAGUCAAUAAUUAGUUUAAUUUAGUUUUUCUCACCUGUAAUUGUUACAUAGCCAUUUUAAAAAUUCUAUGUCAACUAUGUGUCAGAUGACUAAAAAUAAAAUAGGCAGUCUUUUGUCUACUUACUAAGUCUUAGACUAACUUUUUACUAAGCUUAGCCUACUUUUUUCAGCUUUACCGUCAACCUAGUGAUAAUAAAAAUACUAAUUCGAAUAAUAGUAAUAAUAGAAGCUUACGGUAUGAGUCAUGAGUCGUAGUUCUACAGUAUUAUCAAAGUAGAGAAAUUUGAUUUCGAAAUUUAACGGAUACAUGACAACAUUAGUUUGAUAACUUAGUAAUUGACACUAAAAAAAUCUUCAAUAUAACAUCAAGCCUUUAAAAUAAUUAAAGGCCUACGUUGAGAGGUUUUCCAGACACCCCCCCCCUAAUAAUUGAACAAACUACUUUUUGGAGCUUGAAACUACAUUUCUGAGGGCUGAAAACUACUCUGACCUAACCCAGGGUUAAACAGCUCUGCAGGAGGUUAAAUUCUACCUCUAUUAAGACCCACUUUUCUCUGCCCCAUCAUUUAUAGUCUUUCAGAUUAACUUAAAAGGGAGGAGAUCUUUUUGUAAAAUUCAAUGCAGUCACAACUAUUUUACAGUGCAAAUUUAAUAAUGACACUUGUUUUGGUUUCCAAACUAAUCCAUAAAUCAUCAAGAAAGCAAAGUUUGCAUACAGUUAAAACUUUGAUUAACAGAAACAGUUAUAAAUUGUUUUAUUUUUACUUUCAUUUUUUCUGUACGAUUUUUCAUGCUGUUCAGUGUUUUAAAAAAACAUUUUGUAUAUUUUUAUAUCUUGCAGAUUGCCAUGUAUGAAAAUAUAUCCUCGGAGACACCAUUUUUUUUAAUAAUAAAUAUUUUUUGUAUUAUUCCUCCCCAUCAAUGUCUCCUUUAAAUCAUUUUCUUAUUGUUAUAAUCACACAAUGGUGUUGCUUUUUAUUUUGAACAAAAAUUUGAAAAAAAAAGAUAAUCAAUGAAGUAUCUUUUCAAAUUUUAAAGAAUCUAGCUCACUUAUUUAGAUGAAGUCAAAAUGUGAGUGUCAGAAAAAAAGCUUGAAAAAUUGGAGUAAGAGUCAUGUUUGGAGACAGUCCCCAAAAACAUGGAAUUAAUGGUAAAUAACAUUCAGCAAUAUUAAUUUAAGAUGAAUAAAAACUAAAGAAUUCAAACCAAUCUAGCGGUGUUUCAGAAAGUCCAUUUCCUUUUUAAGAUAAACACCUAUUCAUCAUUUUCUAAAGUAUUCUUAACUACUUAUUUUUUUAUUUUCAAGGCAUUUAACCAUUGGCUUUUGAUCCCUAAAGAAAAGAUAUUAAUUAUCUCAGAAGUCAUUGAGAUGCUUCACAAUGCAAGUUUAAUGUAUGUAUAUGUGCCUAGAGCAGUAAUCUUACUAACAAUCUUAUUGAAAUUAAUUUGUACAAUUUUUAUUUGUCAGAUAUCUUUGUCUCAUUUAUUUUUCUAAAAGAUGUUUCUUUUAUUUUUAUUUUGAAUAGUAUUGGCUAUACAAUGUAACUCUUUGGUGCAUAUUUGUGACCUAGUGCAAAGAAUACAUUGUAAAUAGUGCGUUUAAACAACGAAAUAACUAUUUUUAUAAUAGCCAAUUUGAAAAUUUACAAAAUUUAAAUAAAUCUUUUCAUAUUGUCAAAUUGAAUACAUUUUUUCAAAGAUGUGUCUUAUUUGCCUCUUUCAGUAUUGAUGAUAUUGAAGACAAUUCUAAAUUAAGGAGAGGUAUUCCAGGUAAGUGUUUUCAAAACAUAACUUCUUUAAUCAUUUUUUUUUUAGUUUUGGGUUGUUGCAAUUAUAACUGAGCUAUCUUGAUACGAAAAAUGAUAAAUUGCAAAAAAAGUUAUAACUGUUGGUGACAGAUGUAAAAUUAUUCUAUUUAAUUGUUUUUUUUAAUGUGCAAGGCUUAGCUUCAAUUUAAAACAACAAUAAAUUUAGAUAUCUUACAAAAGCAUAAUUUGUCAAUGAAAAAAUGUAAUAUCAUCUCUUUUCUUUCAGUAACUCAUUCCAUCUUUGGUGUUGCUCAAACCAUAAACACUGCUAAUUAUGUUUACUUCCUUGCCUUAGAAAAACUCUUUACAUUAGGGAAGUUGGAGGAAACCACGAAAGUUUUUACAGGUAAGGUAUUUAAUAUCUUACAUUCAAAAUUUAAGAACUUCUGUAAUUAGAGAGAAUUAUUCUAUAGAAAAUAAAGAUUUCAGUUUGAAUUGACAUUUACCUUGAAACAAGAAUUGAAAUUGCCUUCUGUCUUUAGAACAUCUUCUAGAGCUACACAGAGGUCAAGGCAUGGAUAUUUACUGGAGAGACUCAGUAAUCUGUCCAACAGAAGAGGAUUACAGGAUAAUGGUUAUUAGAAGUAAGCCAGCAAAGUUUACAAUUUUUCUUUAGCUGCACAGUCAUCAGUGUAGUUCAUGUGUGGGCUAUUGGUUUAGGAAUAAGGGUGUUUACAAUAAGAACAAAAUUGUUCUAGAAAAACAUGAGCGACACUAAAAAAUCAUCUUAAAUUGAAUCCAAUUUGAAGAUUUUAAAUAGUACAUGUUUAAAUACUACUUCAAAAUAUAGUUAUCAAAUAUUUUGGUUCUUUCUGUUACGUAUUUUAAAUUUUAGUACAGUUUUUCUCUGCAUAAAAUAAUGUGGAAGGCCGCAUAUGAUUUAGGAUUUAUCUUAUUAAUCCAUAAAUACAACUAUUUUAUUUUUUUAACAUAUAAAAUAUAAACCAUAAACAAUAAAAACACUGUGUGAAAUAAAAAUGUUAAAUAUUUAUAACCGUGCUUUACAAGAACUGCUGGCACAACCAUAUUGAAACGGGUGCUGUAGUUUACCUUUGCAUGUCUGAUCUGAGGUGAACAUUUUUUUUUUUCAUACAUUUUCUCAGAAACCGGUGGAUUAUUUGGCCUGGCUGUUCAAAUGAUGCAGCUCUUUAGUGAAAAUAAAAGGUUAGCUUGGAUUUUAUUGAUGACAAUGACAUUUUUUUACCUAACUUACACUUAAAUUUUUUAAAAAUUAUCCUCCAGUUUAGACUUAACCUAAAAAAUGCUUGAGAAUUUUGUUCCAAUUCAUAUUUUUUCAUUUAAACCAUAAAUUCCAUUUUUGUUUAUUUUUCUUAUAUUUUUUUUUUCUAAAUGAUACAAAAGUUAAGCUGUGUAAAAUAAUUUGAUAAACCUGCCUUUGAACAUUUUUCUCAGAAACUAUACCAUUAUCAUGGGUGAUCUGCUCUGUUCACUCAACUCCACUACUUCAAAGAAACAACUUUUAGAGUUUAGAGACAGUCUUGUUAAAAGUCAUCUCUCAGUCAUAUUAAACACACAUAUGCGCUUCAUUCAUAUUGCCUCUUCCUUAAACAUAGCCUUCAGUAUUUCAACAUAAUAGAAUAUAUUUCAUUUAAAAAUUAUAGUUUUGUGUCAGUUAUAAAGACACUACUGAUAAAUCUUUAUGUUUCAUAUUUCUGAUAAUUCUUUUCCCAGUAAUUUCAAGCCGCUGUUAGACAUUUUAGGACUGUACUUUCAAAUUAGAGAUGAUUAUGCUAACCUGGUUUCAGAGGAGGUAAGCGAUACCCUGAUGCGUUAUUGUUUCCAGCAGGUCAAUCAUGUUUAAUACUAUCCUCAUGUCAUUGAAAACCAUGGAAACUUUACUGUAACCAUCCCAAUAUUUAUUUCAAGUAGGAGUAAUUUUUUAAACCAAGUUUCUUCAUAAUGCACCCACCUUAAUGAUACUCUUGUAAUGUCAUGGUGCUAUCUAUGAAAAUGAGUUCUUUCAUUCCCAGUAUGAGCACAACAAAAGCUACUGUGAAGACAUCACAGAGGGAAAGUUUUCAUUUCCUCUCAUACAUGCUAUCAGGGCCAAUCCUAGUGAUAACCAAGUGCUAAGUAUCCUUUGUCGGUCAAUCUUGAACACACGAAAUGCCCUGUUCAUGCUGGGAUUAAUGUUUGUUGUGAAUUGACACAAAAGUUAACAUUAGAUAUAAGGAUUUAACAAUUUGAUGGAUAACAUAAAAAGAAAUAGAUUUUUGUUUAAAGCUCCUUUUAUUUUCACUCACCUUUUGAAUAAUCCGUCGGUUUUCUUCCUAUCAUAUUUCUGCCAGUGGGUUUUUCUUUAUUGCAGAGACCUCCUCCCAUCAUAUCAAUCUAAUUAUUUCAUCCAAUUGCAACUGGCUUGAUUAUAAUUUGAGGAACUUAAUAUUAAACAUGAGUUUUUGACAAUGUCACUGUGUUUAGCUUCAGAUUGUCAAUGCAUUUUUUAGAAUGGUAUUAUGUAAUUGCAUCGUAUUUUAACUAAUUGGCUAUACUGUCACUUUGAAAUUUUAGCCAAAUAGUAUCUACAAUGUCUAUUCAUAUGUACAUGGAAAAGAUUUAAAAGCCAUUCAUUUCAAAUCAAAUAAAAGGGUUUAAGCGUUAAACCAAACCAUUAAAUGAUGCUUUGGUCACCUACUUGAAAUUAAGUUUAGAACAAUAAUAAGUCUAGUUUUGUAUUUUUGUAUAGAUUAACAUAGGGGGUGGAGUCCUAUCUUACAUAACAAAAAUAUUUUUUAAAAUAUUCAUAUUAUUGUAAUUUAACAAUUAUAAUAAUUAAUCAUGGUAAUUUUGCCUUAACAAGCUUAAGAUAUACUGAGGCAAAGAACAACAGACAAUGAUGUCAAACGCUAUUGUGUAGGGUACCUAAAGAAAGUGGGCAGUUUUGAAUAUACUCAGAAAGUCCUUGGUCAGCUGGAGCAGGAGUAAGUGAGAACUAAAAGAUUAAAUUGAUGAUGGAAGUUUAUUGAAGAAACUUUUCAUGUUUAUAAUUCAGUCAUGAAAACAAGCUUUUUUAAUGUAGUUUGUGUAGUGUUUAUUAAUUUCAUAAAAUAUAAUUUCAUAAAAUCAUAUAAGAUUGCAGAGAUUGAAGAUAUCUUUUUAGGUUAUUAUAUCAUGUAUUUUAUAUUUUGUUAAAUUCCUAUUCCCUAUCAUUUUAAUAAAUAAAGUACAAAUGCGAGACUCAAUUGCUAUUUAUAAAUUAUUUUUUCCGCAGAUUGCUUGUAGAGAUGAAAGCUCUAGGUGGCAACCCUCAUCUUUCACUUCUUAUAGAGGAACUUAAAAAACUCUACAGUCAAUCUACAGUUAUUGAAAAGAAAGAUGAUGUUGUGGAUGAUAUUGAUAACGUGCCAAUAAAAAAAUCCAAAAGUUAAUUUAUGUUAUUAGAGCUGCAUUUCUGUUGUUUGAUGGGGAUUUUUUUUUAUUAAAUGGUGGUUUUGGGAUGGGGUAACAAGACAAGAUGUUAAAGACAGAAAAAAAUAGCAAUUCAGGACUGUUAGUGUACUUAUUCCUUCUGGUAAAUAAGAUUUAAAAAUAGUGACACUGCUUCAUAAUUUUAAAGGCUUUGGUGGUUAGAAUUUUAUGUUUAUUUUAUUUUUAUAAAAUAAAGAAUUAAAAGUGAUACUCAAAUUGCAGCAUGCAAAACACAGUUGCACCUCUGCUCUCAAAAAAUGAAUAUAAAAAAAAAAAUUAAUUAUAAGACAGGACAGAAAUAAAAACUUCAAAGAAAAUUUCAAAUGCUAUAAAAAUUCAAAUCCUUUUUUUUUUUUAAAUUGUUGAUGUAUAACACCUUCAUUUUCCAAAAUUAUUAGAUUUUGUCAGUCUUCCAACAAAUUAUUCCUCAUUUUAAUAUAUUCAUUGGCUGAAAGUGUUUAGGGGGGUUGCUCAUACAGAUCAUUGGAAGGUUACAUUUUUAAAUAAUAAUUUAUGGAAAUAAAAUCAUGGGAAUGAUAAAAUCAUGAGAUUGUUGUAUGAAUAUUGAUUUGCCACAUCUGAGAAUGAUGCAAGCAAUUUGAGAACAUUUGAUGUAUUUGUCUCAAUUAUGAUUAUAUGGUUUUUUUCUAAGUAGAUUGAAAGAUGUCUGCUUGAAAGUUUGAUUAAUCAUUCAAAAGUAAAGUAUAACAAGGAUCUAUAUGAAUAAUAAAUACAUUUUAUAGCAUCAUUUUAUUUUGUCUUUAAUGACAAUAUGCAAUGUUUGGGUUGGAGUGAGUGUCUAUAAAUACCAAACCAAUGGUAGAUUGACUAAUGUUGGUAGAAGAUUAUUUGUUCAGCCAUAUUUUUACAUUCCCAUCGCUUCAGAUGUUUGUACUUAAAUGAAUAAAAUUUUAUGUUCAGCACUGGUAAAUUGCAUUACCUUGUGUUUUUAUUAUAUGACUCAAUCUGAUGUCCACAUUCUUACUGGCUUAAUUUUUGUCCCUGUCGGAGAAAUAUGAUUGACUCCUUGUCAUCAAUAAUUUUUACAUCAGUUAUAUUUAUGAUUAUGUUCUCUUUUAAACCUUUGCCUUAUAAUUACUUGAUGUUUAACCAUUUCCCAGUUGUUUUUUAAUACUGUACCGGUACAAAUAUGAAAGUUUUUUUGACCAUGAAUUAAACUCAGUUUCACUAAACACUUUGAAAUGUUGAAACCAGUCAAGAUUAUGGUAGGACAACUAUUCUGUUCUUAGAUUUUUUUUCAAAAAUAGGAAAAUUACUAUUUCAUGAAACGAAUUCCAUGGGUAUUAAAAAGCAAUUAUUAAGAACACAAUUUUUUGUGUUCACAUUUUUUAAAUGUAAGCAAAGAUUCAUUUGAGAUAUUUAGACUUAGUAUUGCAAGCCUAAGCUUAUGUGAAUCUACUCUGAAAUGUUAAAGCACCUUCAAAUAAUAAUGAAAUUAUGACAAGCCCUGUCUAGAUUGUUGGGUGCUGUGUGGCCACUGGAGAGAGACGUUACAAAAUUGAAAUACUACCACUUGACAUCAGUAAUCCAUACUCUCUAUGACUUUCUAAGAAUGUCUCUGAAUAAACCUGUUCACCC